GGCUCUCAAUAUUCCCAUCGUUGUAUCGUCUAUGUAGCUGGAUAAGUAGCGUGGGUUUAACACUGUGCUGCAUAGAGGCCUUGUAUUUACGAAGACUUAAGAAAUAACAGAAAAUAUGGUUGGAAGAGGUGGUGAUCCGGCUAAGCCUAAAGGGCGCAUGUCAUCUUAUGCGUUCUUUGUACAAACAAUCCGAGAGGAACACAAGAAAGCUCACCCUGGGGAAAAGGUUGUGUUUGCAGAAUUCACAAAGAAGUGUGCUGAGAAAUGGAAGACAAUGUCGGCCCAGGAGAAAAUGCGGUUUGAAGAUAUGGCUCAGAAAGAUAAAGUGCGCUAUGAUGGCCAGAUGCGAUCAUAUGUACCUCCAAAGGGCGAGAAGAAGAGCAGAAAAAGGACGAAGGACCCUAAUGCACCUAAGCGGUCAUUGUCUGCAUUCUUCUUCUUCUGUGCUGAUGAGAGAGGAAAUGUGAAGGCAAAGAACCCCAACUGGACGGUAGCAGAUGUGGCCAAGGAUCUGGGUAAACAAUGGGAGAAAUGUCCCAACAAACCCUGUUAUGAACAGAAGGCCAUUGCAGACAAGAAAAGAUAUGAAAUACAAAAUGAGCAGUACAAACAAUGCAAGUCCUUUAAAGAUGUUCCCCUUGAGCAACUGAUGCCAGCUAAGAAACCCAAGGCUGCACCUCCUCAAGUGGCAGCAGUCCAAGAGGAGGAGGAUGACGAUGAUGAUGAGGAGGAAGAUGAUGAUGAAGAUGAGGAGGAUGACGAUGAGGAGGAGGAAGAGGAUGACGAAUAGACAUUUUGGGAAACAAACUUUAGCAUAUGAAAGAAGAUUUUAUCAUAUUGUUGGACAUUGUUGAGAUUCCUAGUGCUGGAUCAUAUGGGCUAGUUUUCCCUAUGAUGGAUUAAAAUUUCUGAUUUCAAGUCUUGUUCUAACAACAGGUGUGCAUGACAGUCUUGCUUGUAAUCAGGAACUUUUCAUGUUUUGUCAAGAGUUGGUGCAAACUGUCUUGUUAUGAUAGCUUGCGGGGAAACUUUCUUUACCUGCGAAGGGCGAAUAUGUUCCAGCUUAGUGAAGUAAAGAUUGAAAAUAUACAUGAGAUGUAUGUUAAAGUCAUGACAUUGAUUCAAACUUUUUGUUUUUGUUGUAAAUACUUUUAAAGGCAGAUGUUUUAGCUGUAUUACAUGGAGUUACUCUUUAAGCACAACAUGAAAUUAAAUAGUCCCCAUUUCGUUGUAUAAAGUUCAGUAGAUGUCUUUUUCUUAUCAUGCUACACAUUUUUGAAAUCACUGGUCCAUUACAGCUUUGGGGGGGAAAUCACUUUUAAGCUCAUUUUGCUUGUCUGUGAGCUCAUGCGAUGGUGCUGCGAUUCUCUGGCAUCAAAUUGUUUCUUCAACUCAUAGCUUCUGAAUAACUUAGAGGCAUAGAAUAAUAUUUUGGGUCUUUUGUUUAGAGAAACUGAAUGAACAUUGGGGCAUUUAUAAAAACGGAUCAUGUUGCCAUUCAAAUAUUAACAGUCCAUACUUUUAUUGUUGAUGUAAUAGGUGUUUUUUUUGUUAUAUUUUCUUGUUAACAUUGUUAAAAGUAACUCGAAGAGUGAAAUAAGUGUUUUACAGAACUACAUUUUAAAUGUCAAUAGAAAAAGCAUUUUUGGGGUACCUGCAUCCUGUCUUUUAUCUGAAUAUAAAAAAAAACUUAUAUUGAAGUCUUUUAUGUUUGUACCAAUAUAAGGGCCCAAUAGAUGGUAUUUUCUUGUAUAAAGGUGUUGUAUUAAACUAUUCAGUGCUUCUCAUUAUCAUAUGUAAAUACAUUCACAUUCUCCACAUUGGCGAUGAAUAUUGUUGUAGAACUUUUUUUCAAUCGUAACAAUCUGAAUAAAAUGUUGAAAAGAAUAA